UGCUUCGGUUGCUUCUGAGAGAUUGGAGGAUAAGAGCACAUUCCUGAGGAAAGCGGCAUUGAAUCUACUCAUCACGAUGUUGGAGCAUAACUCGUUUGGUCCACAACUUUGCAUUGCAUCAUUUGAAGCGCCCUUGGAGAAAUACAAGGAGAAACUGGAAGAGAUGGAACCCAAUGCACCUUCUGAGAGCCUUUUUGGAUGGGAUACCUUCAGACAAUGAGAUGUGUGAAGCAGAUGGAAAGGUUUAUCAGGCUGAAGUCAAAGCAGCAAGACAGUGCUACUGAUAGUUGUUUGCCUGGUGUGGAAGAUGGGGUUAACAAGGAUUCUCCCACGUUGGAUUUUGGGAACCUGGAGCAGACCAGGGCCUUGGUUGCAUCACUUGAGACAUGUUUAAGGUUCUCAAAGUGCAUAUCCUCCACAAUGACGACUCUGGUCCAACUGCUGGCUUCAUCUUCUGCCACUGAUGUUGAGAACACGAUUCUUUUGCUGAUGAGGUGCAGACAGUUCCCAAUUGAUGGCUCUGAGGCCUGUCUCCGGGAAAUGUUGCCACUUGUAUUUUCGCAGGACAAGUCUAUCCAUGCAGCUAUUGAGGAUGCAUUCAUCAGAAUUUAUUUGAGUAGAAACCCUACAGAAACUGCUGCAAAUCUAUUGAGCAUUGUUAUAGAAUCUAGUAUCGGCGAUCUAGCAGCUCUAGAAUUUAUAGUUGGUUCCUUGGUAUCUAAGGGGGAUAUUUCUACAAGCACGGGACUGCAUGGUGCAAGUGGCAAACAUGGGCUGAUCAAGACUGUUCAUCUAGUGGGCCAUGGUGUGGCUCAACUCUGCCAAAAAUCCCAGUGAUUCAAGGCUUCGACCAUCCAAUUGUUGUGAGUUUU